UUUUUCUAAACAAAGGAAUACGUCAACUGCGAAAGUAUAGUCAAUGGUGGUCAAUAACUCAGAUUACUGUAUCGAUAAGUUAUUAUUGCUAAUUAAAAUUUAAAGAUCCGAUUAAUUCUAACGGGAAAAUCACUACACAUUCAAAUAAUGGAUGACUGUUUUCGUACUUUGGUAGAUUACGCUACCAGAUGCUUCUCCUGUCAUGAAGAUUCUUCGGCACAGGGCAAUGAACCGAACGAGCGGACACACCUGCUGGACAAUCCGGUGAGCAACAGUCCCGCCGUCCGAAGGUCGGACAGCGAGGAUCUUACCCAGGAAUAUGCCAACUCCAUGCCCAAGAAGGACGACGUCUCGGCUUUGAAUAAAAUCAUACAGGAUACGGCGGCCAAUGUAAUUGAUGUUGCAGCCAUGGACAUACACAACAUCGAACCUCACGAGUACAACGAUAGGGUGAAGAUUUACUCCCAAAGGCUGACGCAGCAAUGGAGUACCGUGCAGCAUCCCAAUAAUGUGCACCAUAUCGGACUUCUGAAGGACAUCGCGAAGCCCGAGUCGGUAUUAACGUCAGUGCCCAUCGCGGCAGCAGACUUGAGUAUGAUCCGUGACAUGGUGCAGAAGGCAAAUAUUGCCGUCGGGGAGAUCAAGGUUAAACACACUGAGAAUCUGGUGGUUCCUUUCAGGAUUCCAUAAUACCACGCUAUCCGGCGGCAUCUGUAGAAACACAGGCAGGAUGGGUGAUGCUGCAACCAAUUUCGUUUAGUUUUUCAAUCCCUAUUCUGUUUGUUCCGCUAUCAUAGUUUUGGUGGUUAUGUAACCAUGAUGCAAUAACAUCAUUUAUUUACAUAUAUUUUAUCAGUGUCGAACAUUAUUUAGUUCCGUUUUGUUAGGUUUCCUACAUACAGUGUAAUAGAUAGAUCAAGAAUCAACUAUGUAAAAACAGUUUCAAAUCUCUUCUCGCUAAAUUCAAGUCUAACAUUCUUGAAUUUGAACAUUGUGUGCCCCAGAUAGAAAGAUUUCUCUAAGUAUCAUUAAAAUCAAAGCAACAUGUAUGUGGAAAAAAUGCUAGCCUGUAUUUAAAGAAAAUGAUGAAUAUUUGUAUAAGUAUAUAAGCUUUUUAUGAAAGUC